UCAUUCAAGAUAUGAGGUUUAGAGGGCUCUUGCAUCUGAAGAAGCAAAAAUCGAAGAUGCAGCUUUAUGAGGACCUUAUGAUGAGGUUUAAUGUGACUACUAGUCAACUAAGUGUGCAUGGUAAUCGUCUGACCCUAAGUGUUAAUGAUAUUGUCACCAUAUUGGGUUUACAUGCUGAGGGGCAUGAAUGUGGAAACCCAACUUGGCGAGGAUGAUGGAGUGAGGGUAAAGUUUAAUUUGAAAAAGGGUGUCAUACUUUAUCCCAUAUAAAAUUUCCAC